CUCACUCCCACUACAGCUUUUCAUUCAUUUAAACUCAGAACAAGACAAAACAAAAACUCUCCCAAAAAAUGGCGAUAAUUUGCACAACAACAUCUCCGGCAGAGAAAGAACAAGAACCAAAACAAAGUUUUGAAAACGAUCAAACUCCUCCAAUAGUUUUCAACCCUUCUCUUCUUAACCUCCAAUCUCAAAUCCCGAACCAAUUCAUUUGGCCAGACGAAGAGAAACCUUCCAUUGACAUUCCCGUGCUCGACGUGCCUUUCAUCGAUCUGUCGAGCCAAGACUCAACUCUAGAGGCUUCUAGACUCAUUACAGAAGCUUGCACCAAACAUGGUUUCUUUCUCGUUGUCAAUCAUGGAGUCAGCGAGUCCCUCAUAUCAGACGCUCACCGUCUCAUGGGAAGUUUCUUCGACAUGCCUCUAGCCGGAAAACAGAGAGCUCAGAGAAAACUCGGUGAGAGCAGUGGCUACGCCGGUAGUUUCACUGGAAGAUUUUCCACCAAGCUCCCGUGGAAGGAAACUCUCUCUUUCCGGUUCUCCAACGAGAAUAAUGGAUCACGAACCGUUCAGGAUUACUUCUCCUGUACCCUAGGACAAGAAUUCGAGCAAUUUGGGAAUGUAUACCAAGAGUACUGUGAAGCAAUGAGCUCUCUGUCUCUAAAGAUCAUGGAGCUUCUGGGGCUAAGUUUAGGCGUAAACCGCGACUAUUUUAGAGGGUUUUUCGAAGAGAACGAUUCUAUAAUGAGGCUAAAUCAUUACCCUCCUUGCCAGACACCAGAUCUUACAUUAGGUACAGGGCCUCAUUGUGAUCCAAGCUCUUUGACCAUCCUUCACCAAGAUCAUGUAAAUGGCCUUCAAGUCUUUGUUGACAAUCAAUGGCGAUCCAUUCCCCCCAAUCCCAAGGCUUUUGUCGUCAAUAUCGGUGACACUUUCAUGGCUCUAUCGAACGGGAUAUUCAAGAGUUGUUUGCAUAGAGCGGUUGUCAACAGAGAGAGUGCAAGGAAAUCGAUGGCGUUCUUCUUGUGUCCGAAGAGAGACAAAGUUGUGAAGCCACCAAGUGAGAUUUUGGACAAGACACCAAGGAGAUACCCUGAUUUCACUUGGCCUAUGUUCCUUGAGUUUACUCAAAAGCAUUACAGAGCUGAUGAAAACACUCUUGAUUCCUUUUCAAACUGGGUCAUCACCAACAAAAAUCCCAUCUAAGAAACCAAAUUACUAUCGAAAUCUUGUCUUUAUUGUUACUAUAAGUGUCUUUUGUUCUCGUGGUGAAAUGCAUUCACAAGGGUUUGAAAGUCUUUUUGUUUUUUUUUGUCACAAUGAUUUCAAAGUUCAGAAACAUUUGUAUAUUGUUCCAAACAUUACCGUGUGGAAUAUGAAUGCUCGUUAA